GCACAACGAAGUAUACCUAACCUCAAAUGAAGUUUAGUUCAUUAAUUACUGCCAUCCCUAUAUUCGGGAUGGUAAUGGGUCAUACCAUAGAUUAUGAUUCUCAGCUUCAGGAAAUCUUGACACCACCACAAUUUGAGAAACGUGCCUCCAACAACUCAUUGGUACCUUUGUUGCAAACAUUGGCCGGUUCUGGUCUUAUUCCCAAUCUUUUACUGGAAAUCACCUCCUCCCAACAAAAGAUGGACACGGUUGCCGACUUGAUAUUAUCAGCGGUACAAGGUGGCAGCAGUAUUUUCUCCAACAUCAGUUUGAAUCUCAAUAUGAAUGUGUCAACUACGGAAUUAUUGAGUGGCAUUACAGGAUUACUUCCCUCGGUGUUCCAAGGAUUGUUAGUUAAUGAAACAAAUAGAAAUGUCAUUGCUGGAGUUGCCAGUGGUCUUUUAGGUAGUAAGGAAUAUGUCUGGAUCUCCGCCUUAAUUCUUGAACUUGGCCAGGGAGCAGAUUUAACUGUGGAUCUACUUGCUAAUUUAAUGAUCAAUGGUACUACGUAUAUGAAAUUUAGCGAUUACGGAAAGAUUGAAGAAGUCAAUGAAGUAGAGAAACGUGAUACUGAUGAUAAUGAUGGGUCAUUUUCACAAUUACUUAAUAAUAUGGUGGGAACAUUACUUAAUUCUAAUUUAUUUAAAGGGACCGCACAACAAUUAUUUGAUGCAAUUGAAGAAUCUGGAAUUGUCGUGCCUUUAGUUCUCGAUAUAAUCACCAUCCCUACCCUUCCUAAAUUUGCUGGAGUUGUCCUUAAAAAACUUUACGAUAAUCACGUGUUUGAUGGUAUUGAUUUGAAUUCCUACUAUGUUGCCAUCAAGAAGAGUAAUUUAUUAACAGAUUCCACAGAAGCCCUUUUGACGGACGAAACAUUUGGCCCUGCUGUUGCUUUAUUAUUAAAGAGGAUUGAAGAUUUAGGAACUUUCGAUGCAAUCACUAGGAAUAUGUAUGGGGAUUUGGCCAAGAUUCCUUCCGAGUCAGCAAAAUCAUCAGAUGCGGCGGCCGAACCUACCUACUAAAGGGUAAGUUACUACUACUUACUGCUUUUCUUUUUAUAUAAUUUUAUUCUUGCUUCUUUUUUUCUUUUUUGUAAAAAAAAAUCUGGGUUAUUUUUUAGUUAUCUAUUUAAUAUUACAUUACAUCACUUU